UACACAUCACAUGAGGUACGAUAUUACGAGACGUAACCUCACAUGUGACCCUUAUUUUUAGAUUUUCGAGAUGUAUUUUUUUCAAUUUAUGUAAUGAAGGGGAUCAUUCGUGAAUUAUUGAUGUCAUAAUGUCGAGGGGGCGACCGUGUGGUCAGUGAAGUGUCAAAAAUUUCUGACUGAUUUUGUGGUAUCCAGUCCCAGGCACCGGCAUCGUUUCUGUCCACCUGAGAAUGAAUAUCACAAAAGGAUUGAAUCUCAUCUUUCAUCGUGCUGGGGCUGUUAAAGAGAAACUAUUCUCGAGAAAAUAUUUGUUCUACACGAAUGUGGGGAUAUCGGUGUCCCUGUCAGCUACUGGGGAUAUUUUAGAGCAACAUUACGAAAUAUUAAAGGGAGAAUGGAACGCCUGGAGUCCCCUUCGAACCCAGCACAUGGCGAUAUCCGGCAUGACAGUGGGAAUAAUCUGCCACCACUGGUACAACUACCUCGACGCCAGGAUGCCAGGCAAAACAAUAGGCAUUGUAAUGAAGAAACUGGUCUUGGACCAGUUGAUAUGUUCACCCCUGUACAUCGGUGUGUUCUUCGUCACCCUGGGUAUCCUAGAAAACACAAGCUGGCCGGAUUUGAAAGCUGAGAUGCGAGAAAAAUUUCACAAAUUGUACUUAGCAGAGUGGAUUAUCUGGCCACCAGCCCAGAUAUUCAACUUCUACUUUUUACCAACUCGAUAUCGAGUUCUUUACGACAAUACAAUUUCCCUGGGGUACGAUGUUUACACGAGCCAGGUGAAACAUGGGAAGAAGGACAAGACGAAGGAUUGACCGAAAUUAUUCAUUCAUUAUUGUAAAUGAAUUGAGUUGAACGAGAGAGUUUGGAUUUUUGGUAAAGUGCAGAUCCUGCUGGCGGGAAUAGAUGAGUUUACCUUUUUUUUAUAAAUAAAUUGUAAAUACAUAUCACCAAUAAAUACAAAUGAGGAAAUUAUUAUAAA